AUGACUGGACCAUCGCGCGACAGAUGUCGUGACAUCAACCUUACCGACUUUCGCCACAUCAUUGACUGGCUUAAGGUCAACGUCUGCACAGAUGAACGCUUUCAUUACUACACCCAAGCCGGCACCCCCGUUUUAGACGGUACGCCUAAUGCGAGAGCGAACGCCAGGGAGGCUCAAUCAUACAUGACCUUGGAACAGAAGUCGAAAAUUGGAUUGACGGAGCCCCCCAACACAAAAGGCAUCAGAAUUAACUGUCUGGGCGACGCGAAAACUUUCGGUAUCCCCGUGUUGGAGGAGGUUCUUCUGAACAUCACCCACCCAAUUUUCAAUUGCGACAACGUACCAGACAUUCCAGAACGCAUCGGGAUUCCAUUGAUAACGAUGAAAGAACCGGGCUCUUCGGCCUGGCUCAAUGCAACGGAUCUGGCAAAAUUUGAUAACCACAGUCCUUUUGAGAACAAGGCGGCCUCUUUUUUGCACCUCAGCUGCCGCGAUGACGCCCAAACCGGUCGAUCCUGGGGAAAGCCGCAGUCACCCUGGCAGGAAAAAGCAGGAAGUGUGCUCCUUGUUCGCAAGGAUAAGAUGCCCUUGGAGAAAUUGCAUGUUGAUAUUCUCUGCCAGUGGAUUGAACGUACCAUGAAGUACUUCUCAGCAGCGAUGGGUGAAACUCCAUCACUUGACAAGGAAGAGGCGCUGCUAUUCGUUUCGAAGGCAUCCUUUGCAGCUUUCUGGAAGAACUUCUUGGAGCCGAAGAAGGUGAAGGGAGACGUGGAAGCGCUGAAAUCUUACUCACCAUACGAUACAAAAGAGUUGAUGAGAGUUUACCGUGGAUUGCUUUACAACAAAGAGUUCUUCGGAAACUGA